AUGGCUUUGCCCUCAAUGAGGAUAGCUUUUAUAGGCACCAUUUUGUGGGACUGUGGUGGCCUCCUCCAAUGCAAGGCCUAUGGUACACCCCCUAACACCUUAGCCGAAUUCGCACUUAACCAAUACCUCAACUUGGACUUCUUUGAUAUAUCUUUGGUUGAUGGAUUUAAUGUGCCUAUGGCCUUUAAUCCUACUUCCAAAGGGUGCACCCGUGGCAUCAGUUGCACUGCUGACAUUGUAGGACAGUGCCCCGCUGAGUUAAAGGCCGCUGGUGGUUGCAACAACCCAUGCACCAUUUUCAAGACUGAUAAAUAUUGUUGCACUUUUGGGAGCUGUAGUGCUACAAGUUACUCCAAGUUUGUCAAGGAUAGGUGCCCUGAUGCUUAUAGGUCCCCUAAGGACGAUCAGACAAGCACCUUUACAUGCCCUGCCGGGACCAAUUAUGAAGUUAUCUUCUGCCCAUAAAUCUAUUAUUUAAAUCAUAUGCUAGUAUGCCUCUACUAGUCUCAACUAUUAGGAGGCAAUGGUAUCCACCUUGGGUUCCAAAAGCCUAGAGGAAUAAAGUUGAGCCCAUAUUCGUGGUCAUGUAAUAUGUGAGGAUAAAGACCAGUUAACGAAGCUUGACUGACGUCAAAAAUUUUAUUUUAUUUCCUUUUCUCUAAUCCUACCUUGUAGCGGUCCAAAUUAAUUGUCUUGACAAGGAAAUAUGACACAUAGCCAAGGAGGAUUUGCCUAA